CCACCGAGAUUCCAGAAGUCACCAUGAUGCUGAGCACAGAAGGCAGGGAGGGGUUCGUGGUGAAGGUCAGGGGCCUACCCUGGUCCUGCUCAGCCGAUGAAGUGAUGCGCUUCUUCUCUGAUUGUAAAAUCCAAAAUGGCACAUCAGGUAUUCGUUUCAUCUAUACCAGAGAAGGCAGACCAAGUGGUGAAGCAUUUGUUGAACUUGAAUCUGAAGAUGAAGUGAAAUUGGCUUUGAAGAAGGACAGAGAAACCAUGGGACACAGAUACGUGGAAGUAUUCAAGUCCAACAGUGUUGAAAUGGAUUGGGUGUUGAAGCAUACAGGUCCGAAUAGCCCUGAUACUGCUAAUGAUGGCUUCGUCCGGCUUAGAGGACUCCCAUUUGGCUGUAGCAAGGAAGAAAUUGUUCAGUUCUUUUCAGGGUUGGAAAUUGUGCCAAAUGGGAUGACACUGCCGGUGGACUUUCAGGGGCGGAGCACAGGGGAGGCCUUUGUGCAGUUUGCUUCGCAGGAGAUAGCUGAAAAGGCCUUAAAGAAACACAAGGAAAGAAUAGGGCACAGGUACAUUGAAAUCUUCAAGAGUAGCCGAGCUGAAGUUCGAACCCACUAUGAUCCUCCUCGAAAGCUCAUGGCUAUGCAGCGGCCAGGUCCCUAUGAUAGGCCAGGGGCUGGCAGAGGGUAUAAUAGCAUUGGCAGAGGAGCUGGGUUUGAAAGGAUGAGGCGGGGUGCCUAUGGGGGAGGGUAUGGAGGGUAUGAUGACUAUGGUGGCUAUAAUGAUGGGUAUGGCUUUGGAUCUGAUAGAUUUGGAAGAGACCUCAAUUACUGUUUUUCAGGAAUGUCUGAUCAUAGAUAUGGAGAUGGUGGGUCCAGUUUCCAGAGCACCACAGGGCACUGUGUGCACAUGAGGGGGUUACCUUAUAGAGCCACUGAGAAUGAUAUUUACAAUUUUUUCUCACCUCUUAACCCCAUGAGAGUACACAUUGAAAUUGGACCUGAUGGCAGAGUUACUGGGGAGGCAGAUGUUGAAUUUGCUACUCAUGAAGAUGCUGUGGCAGCUAUGGCAAAAGACAAAGCUAAUAUGCAACACAGAUAUGUGGAGCUGUUCUUGAAUUCUACUGCAGGAACAAGUGGGGGGGCUUAUGAUCACAGCUAUGUAGAACUCUUUUUGAAUUCUACAGCAGGUGCAAGUGGUGGUGCUUAUGGGAGCCAAAUGAUGGGAGGCAUGGGCUUAUCCAACCAGUCUAGUUAUGGGGGUCCUGCUAGCCAGCAGCUGAGUGGUGGUUAUGGAGGUGGUUAUGGCGGUCAGAGCAGCAUGAGUGGAUAUGACCAAGUUCUGCAGGAGAACUCCAGUGACUAUCAGUCCAACCUUGCUUAGGUAGAGAAGGCGCCCUAAACAGCUGUUACAGAAAUAAAAGCUGUGCAUUUAUGGGAGUUGACUAGUAUGGGAGGAGGGAUGUCUAGCAUAUCCAGUAUGGUUGGUAAAUGGGAAAUAUAGCUGAUUCUGAUCACUCUUGGUCAGCUUCUUUCUUUCUUUUUUUCCUUCCUUUCUUCCUUUUUUAAGAAAAUAAACAAAAAAUUAAGUUUAACAGUUUUGCAUUACAGGCUUGUGAUUCAUGCUUACUGUUAAGUGGAAGUCGGGAUUGUUUUAAAACUUCAAGCUCAGUAAUUUUGAACACUGAAACAUUCAUCUAGGAUGUAAUAACAAAGUUCAGUAUUGACCAUAACUGUUAAAACAAUUUUCAGCUUUCCUAAAGUUAGUUACGUUGUAGGAGUGUAUCUAAGCAGUAAGCGUAUUUAGGUUAAGACAGUUUCACUUAUGUUAAAUGUUGCUCUUAUACCACAAUACAUUGAAAACUUUGGAUGCAUGUUGA